GCAUCUUACAGAAACCCGAACUUCUUACCAGGGCAGCAAAUCUACACAGACAGAAACUGAGACCAAGUGAACCAACAGAUCUGGAAUUUGACCUCGACCACGACUUCAUCGGAGAAGACUUUAUAGUUGACGAUAUCCGGGUUGGUGAUCAGCGACAUAUCAUGUGUGCGACAGCGGACCAGUUACAGAUUCUGAAACAAGCGACGCGUUGGUUUAUAGAUGGGACGUUCAAGCUGGUGAAGAGGCCAUUCUAUCAACUGAUGUCUAUUCAUGCCUUCGUGAGGAAAGAUGACAGCGCCAAACAGGUACCAUUGGUGUAUGUACUGAUGUCAAGAAGAUCAAAAGAAGACUACGUCGCCGUUCUGACCAGCCUCCCCCGAAUAUUAGGACAGCCACAAGUCCAGUGGUUCAUGUUGGAUUUUGAAGCAGCUGCUUGGCAAGCAAUCAGACAUGUGUUCCCCAGUUGUGUACUGAAAGGAUGUGUCUUCCACUGGAACCAGAGGCUGUAUCGGAAGAUCCAGGCGGAAGGUCUUGCCACCUCAUAUCAAGAUAAGCAGGACAAACAUGAAUUUCUCCGUAAGGUCAUGUCCCUGCCUUUUCUUCCUAGUGAGCAGAUCCCGCCUGCCUUCCGACAGCUGAUGGCCCAGGCUAUGGAAGUUGGUGGACCAAUAUUGGCUGUGAUGGAGUACGUGGAGAGGACGUGGAUCAACGGUAGUUUGUGGCAGCCGAUUCACUGGAGUGUAUUCCGUGAGACCGUUCGGACGAACAACGACGUUGAAGGUAAGAUCCUGAAACAAUUAUAAUACAAUAUAUUAAUAUAUUAGUAAAUGUCUAUUUGUGAAUUUUGAUAUAUUUUGAUAUAUUUCUAAAUAAAAAAUUAUAGGAAAUUAUUUUUGAAAUCAUUGACGUUGUAUGUUUACUAAAUCAACUUUACAUUUAUUUCGACAUUAU